AUGCCUGCAUAUCACUACCACCAGGCCAACAAGCGAGACAAGGAGCAGCCAACCAUAGCCUCGCAGCUGCAGCCGCUGGUUCCAGGCGCCACCGUGGACGCGGCAGUGGUGGGGUGCGGUCCUGCGGGGCUGUACCUGGCGGCACAGCUUGCGCAGAGGGGCCUCAGCGUUGGCCUGAUCGGCCCUGACAAGCCGUUUGUGAACAACUACGGCGUCUGGGUGGACGAGUUUAAGGCGGUCGGCAUGGACCACACCCUUGAGGUCACGUUUCCCGACGCCCAGUGCUGGUUUGGGGAGGGCAACAAGGUCAACGUGGGCCGCUCGUAUGGCCGUGUCUCGCGCCGCCUGCUGCGCCAGCACCUGCUGCAGCUCUGUGCCGCGGCCGGCGUGACCUACCUCGCCGACGAGGUGUCAGCCAUUGACACGCCCGAGGGCAGCGGCGCGGUUUCCGAGGUCAGGACUGCGGGCGGCGCGGCCCUACGGGCGCGGCUGGUGACGCUCGCGUCUGGGCAGGCAGCGGGGCGAUUCAUGAAGUAUGAGGAGGGGGCGCCCGUGGUGGCGGCCCAAACGGCGUACGGCAUCGAGGCGGAAGUGGAGGGCUACGGGGAGGCCUAUGACAGCAGCGCGAUGCUGUUCAUGGACUACCGCCGCCACCACACCGGCAUCUGGGAGGGCUCCGCGACGCGCCUCGACAGCGGCAACCACCCAAACGCGAACGACGGCCUGUGGGGCGCCGCUGGCGAGGCGCCGUCGUUUCUGUACGCGAUGCCGCUGGGCGGGGGCCGCGUCUUCCUGGAGGAGACCUGCUUGGUGGCGCGGCCAGCACUGCCAUUCAGGGUACUCAAGCGGCGCUUGCAGCGGCGGAUGGCGGCGAUGGGCAUCAAAGUGCUCAAGGUGCACGAGGAGGAGUGGAGCUAUAUCCCUGUAGGCGGCCCCCUGCCCGCCGAGGGCCAGGCUAUAGCAGCAUUCGGCGCGGCCGCCAACCUAGUGCACCCCGCAACGGGCUUCAGCGUCUCCCGCUCCCUCCGCGAGGCGCCCGGCGUCGCGGACGCCGUCGCCGCCACGCUGCGCACGCCCGGCGCCGGCGCGCGGGAGGCCGCGGCGGCGGUGUGGGCCACGCUGUGGCCUGCAGAGCGACGGCGGCAGGCGGCGUUCCACCUCUUCGGGAUGGAGCUGCUGACUCAGCUGGACUUGGGCGCGACGAACGACUUUUUCAGGACCUUCUUCGCGCUGCCCCCCUACUACUGGCGCGGCUUCCUGGGCUCAAACCUGAGCAGCGUGCAGCUGGUGGUUUUUGCGAUGCUCACAUUUGUCCUGGCACCGGCCGGCAUCAAGGCCAAGCUGGUGUCGCACCUGUUGACAGACCCCUCUGGCGCCUACCUGGCCCGGAAGUACCUGGGAAGCAGCAGCAGCAGCGGCGGCGACGACGCAGCCAGUGGCGGCAGCAGCGCGCAGGCAACGGCGGUUGCGGGGCUCCUGAUCAUUCUGGCACAGCAGGCAAACCAGGGGGGGCUUGACUCAUGA